CCUACCCUUGGCUCUGGGCAGUGCUCGUGGACUUGGCUCUCACAUCAGCAGUCAUGAGCGGAGGUUGCAACUGCACCGAUCUACCAUGGCUGGCCACAGGAAUCCCCUCCAUAGGCUGGGCCUGGGGACUGUGGGCCCUCCUAGGGGCUGUGACGCUGCUGCUUCUCAUCUCACUAGCUGCACACUUGUUCCAAUGGAUCAGUGGCUGGGGCAGGGGCCAUCUGAGGCAGGGACGCUCUGGAGGGUCUGUGGAAGAGGUCCCCCUGUAUGGGAACCUGCAUUAUCUCCAGACAGGACGGCUGAAUCAAGAACCAGGGCCAGACCAGCAGGAUCUAACCCCUGGAGGCCCUGCCAGGGCUGCGGAGGAGGUGACGUGCUAUACCAGCCUGCAGCUUCGGCCUCCUCAGGGCCGGAUCCCCACCCCUGGGACUCCCAUCAAGUACUCAGAGGUGGUGCUGGAUUCUGAGCCAAAGCCCCAGGCCUCGGGCCCCGAGCCAGAGCUCUAUGCCUCGGUGUGUGCCCAGACGCGCAGGGCCCGGGCUUCCUUCCCCGACCAGGCCUACGCCAACAGCCAGCCUGCGGCCAGCUGAGACGGAGCCUGGCACAGCGGGACACGCGCUGCCCAGCCUCCCCUGGAGCAGGGGCAUGACUGUUCCCCAACCAGCCCCCAAAGACAGGGCGCCAUUGCCUAGUCACAGGAUGUGAUCUGCCCUGAACUUCCUAUCUGAGCUGUGAGGAGACAUCUUGGGUAAACUGUUUCUUGAGGAUGGAGGAGACAACGCCAGUGGCCCCAUCCCCACCUCAUUUUUCUAUCUGUUCCUCUCAGCCCCUAAACUCCCCAGUUCUCACUUCCACCUCCUUCUGGAGUUUAACCAGAUCCUCCCUGACCCCAUAGUCUACCCCUGACACCCCAGUGUCUCUUCAGGCACAGGAAGUGGGCAGUGGGGGAAGGGGUAAGAGCCUGAGAGGACGUGGGUGGGUAUGUCCCUUGGAAGCUCACAGGCUGGAGGGGUCCUGGAACUCAGAGACCUGAGGGACUCGAGCCUGGCUUCUGACCUUCUGGGAACCUUGACAGUUCUUCACCCUGCUGUCUCUGUUAUGUCCCCAAAUUUUCAAAUAAAACUUCUCAAAAAGUGUUCAGAUUUUACCUGGAGGGCUGUAGACUGGCAACAGGCCCCAUAGGUGAGGAUGUGAGCUUUGCUGUCUGCACAGAGCACUUCUGGGGGUGCCUAGUGGGGUACAAAGGGCCAAGAGGGGCUGCCACACCAGCACUGCAGAGGUGGGUGCCGGGGUGGAGGCUGAAGCCCAGCUCCUCAGCUGCUCUUGCAGCUGCCAGGAUCUGCCCUCAGAGCCACCACACUCCCCCUGGGCCUGCAAGUUCAUCAGCCCCUGACUACUCUCCCAUGACCUCUGUAACUCUGCCGCCACCACCACAACCUGCCAACCUAGCCUCCCUCGUCCCCCAGGAGUCCCACCUAUAACCCUGUUUUGGCAUCAGUAGCCCCAUCUGCACGCUCAUCGAAUACCACCAUGGGCCCUCUCCUUACCACAUCACUAUAGCAACAGUCCACUCCAUCUCUGCUUCACUGUCUCAACUGUCACUCACAAUCCUGGUAACAGCUUUGCUUGUCAUCACUUUCAUUUUAAUCCCCAUCCAAUCAGCUCUGCCUGUCCACCCAUCAUCUGCUUGAUUCUUAACUCCAGCCUCCUACACCACGUAGCAUGCUGCAGUAGGCAGGGUGGCACAGAGAUUAGAACUGUGGGCUUGGGAGCCGGACUGCCUGAGUUGACAUUCCAUGUCUACUACUUACCAGCUGUGUGUUCUUGAGCAACUGGGCCUUGGUUUCUGAAUCUGUAAAAUGGGGAGAUCUAUAAGAUGGGGAAUCUGUAUUAAUGGUGUCUAUUUUUUAAAAGGCUGUUGUGAGGUUUAAAUGAAUUGCUAUAAGUAGAGCACUUAGAAGACAAUGAGUGCUCAAUAAUGCUAGAUAUUACCAAAAUAAGAGAAAUGCAGGGUCCUCUAUAGGAGCUCAUAGGUGAAGUGACUUGUAAGGAGGCACAGGACACACAGUAGGAGUCUGCAGCAAGAACUGAAGGACAGAGACGUUCCAGGCCGAAGGAACCACAAGGCAAAGGAGAGGCUUCUUUGGAGGAGCUGACAGAAGUGCAUUCAGCAUGCCUGGAGGGAUAGGGUUGGGGUUUUGGGUAGGGUAGGGUAGGGUAGGGUUAGGAGGAAAUGGCAAGAUGAGGCUGGAGGGGUGGACUGAAGCCAGAUCACACGAGGCCUAUAAACCAUGCCAAGGAGUUUGGACUUUAUCCUGUUGGUGAGGUGAAAGGUAGUCACUGAAGGCUUUUAA